AUGAGUGAAAAAAACGACGAUUACUCUUACGACUAUGAGUACCUUUACAAGAUCGUGUUGAUCGGUGAUUCUGGCGUCGGGAAGACUAACUUGUUACUGCGGUUCACUCGAGAUGAGUUUAAUUUGGAACUGCGCUCGACUAUUGGGGUCGAGUUUGCCACUCGUACACUUGAAAUCGAUGGCAAGCGGGUUAAGGCCCAAAUUUGGGACACCGCAGGUCAAGAACGGUACCGCGCUAUCACCCUGGCAUACUACCGAGGCGCGGUGGGGGCGUUGAUUGUAUACGACAUUGCUAAGACCGAAUCGUACGAGCUGGUCCUGCGGUGGUUGAAGGAACUUAAGGAAUACGCCGAUGCCAACAUCGUCAUCGAACUUGUUGGUAACAAGUCCGACUUGGACCACUUGCGGGCUGUGCCUACCGAGGAGGCCAAGAACUUUGCCAACGAAAACAACUUGUUGUUCACUGAAGCGUCUGCUUUGAGCUCUGACAAUGUCGACCUUUCUUUCCACCAACUUUUGAAGAACAUCUACGAAAUGGUCUCGAAGCAUCAACUUGACACCUCGGAACAAAAACCCCAGGCAGGCGGCCCCACUAUUUCGCUCACUCCCGCCCCGCAAGAAAAGAAGUCGAAGUCCAGCAGCAACUGCUGUUAA